AUGAAGGGUAGCGAUGGCUUAAAUCACGGAUUUAACCCUCGGAAUCGUUCAACACUAAAGAUUGUGACUAUUAUUUUGUUGAUUAUUGUUAUUUUGGUGCAUCUAUGUGGAACUGACUUAGCGAAUAGUUUAAGUUUCGACUGUCAUCAAAAGAACAAGAGAUCCUCGAACAAGAAGAAUGUUAUUUUUUUUGUCACUGAUGGUAUGGGACCUGCAUCCUUGUCAUUGACUAGAUCCUUCAGGCAGUUCUCAGAAGACCUCCCCUACGGUGACAUUCUAAACCUAGACAAAUACUUGAUUGGUUCUUCUCGUACAAGAUCGUCCAAUUCUCUCGUUACAGACUCAGCUGCUGGAGCAACUGCAUUUUCAUGUGCAGUAAAGUCUUAUAACAGUGCUAUCGGCGUAGACCCUGAAAAAAAUCCAUGUGGAACGGUCUUGGAAGGAGCUAAAAUGAAAGGUUACAUGACAGGAUUGGUAGUCACCACAAGGAUAACAGAUGCUACGCCAGCUGCAUUUAGCUCUCAUGUUGACUAUAGAUCUCAGGAAGAUCUGAUCGCCCAACAGCAACUUGGAGAGUAUCCACUUGGUCGCUCUGUUGACCUGAUGCUAGGUGGAGGCCGGACGCAUUUUUAUUCAUCAAAUUCAGAUUCUGAAUAUGGAUUUGGGGGAUCCAGGACAGACGGGAGAAAUUUAAUACAGGAGGCCCAAGAUGCUGGCUGGCAGUACGUCGGAAAUCGGGAGAGCUUCGACUCCUUGCAAUAUGGUCAGAAUGUUAGUUUGCCAUUAUUGGGGUUAUUUGCUGACUACGAUAUCCCAUAUGAUCUCGACAGAAGCAACAGUGAUUAUCCAUCGUUAGAGGAGGAGGCAAUUACAGCAAUCAAUGCUCUUACUAAGGCAACUAAGGAUUCUGAUCAAGGAUUUUUCUUAUUGAUCGAAGGUUCGAGAAUUGAUCAUGCGGGCCAUCAGAACGAUCCUUCAGCGCAAGUGAGAGAGGUUCUAGCUUUUGACAGAGCGUUUGAAGCAGUGGUAAAGCUGGCAAAGGAAAGCGAUAUCGAAACGAUUUUAAUUUCCACUUCAGAUCAUGAGACCGGCGGACUAUCAGUUGCAAGACAAGUAACAUCAAGUUAUCCUGAUUAUGUGUGGUAUCCAGAAAUCUUGAACGAAGCCAAGCACUCCGGUGAAUUUUUGAGUAAAAAACUACUCGAGUUCAGAAAGGAGGGGCAUAAAGACGAAAGGGCCUUCAUUUCAAGAGAAUUGUUUGAGAAAGGAUUAGGAAUUAAGUCAUACUCCCAUCAUGAUAUCUCAAGCGUUAUGGAGGCAACCAAUAUGGGCGGUUUGAAUGGAAUUUUCAAUGAAAUGAUCUCAACGAGAGCAAGAAUUGGCUGGUCCACUACAGGCCACAGCGCUGUAGACGUUAAUAUCUAUGCAUACGCAAAUAGGAAGGAUGCAUGGCAAGAUUUGUUGGAUAAUUUGCAAGGAAAUCAUGAGAAUACUGAAAUCGGCGCUUACAUGGAGAAAAUUUUGGGUAUUGAUCUAGCAGAGGUCACCGAAAGAGUAAAAAAUACUGAACAUUCUCCAAAGAGAAUGAAUGCUCAAGGGCAACCAGAAUUUGAUACAUAUCAUCAUCGAAUGAGCGGAAUUGAGUUCUAA